AUGAGAACCAAAACUUCUACUGCAAAUCCUUUUUACGACUACAUCCAAUGGGAUUUGUAUUCUGAUCAGUCUGAAACAGAGACCACCCCUCUGUACUAUGGGUAUCACUACUACGAGCUUUACGGUCAUUAUGACUUGGAAACUGAUUUUGCAUUUGAUUUCUUCAAAAGCAACUUUGAGCCUCUUAGAUACCUCGUUCACGCUACGACAACAGCUUAUGAAAUCGCUUCCGUGAUAAAUUUCUUAGUGAAUAUUCCUCAUUUAUUGAUUUUACUUCAACGAGAAUUACGAGCCAAUUUGGUGUACAUUACAAUGAUCGAUAUCUGUCUUUCUGAUCUGGCGCAUUCGCUUGGAGUCAUGUCUUACAAAGCGGUGGAAUCCCAAAUUUUUUCGCAAUUGAACGAUGUGAUUUUGGUCAACCGUACAGUGUUUCGAAGAUGCGCCGCAUUUCUAGCCCUCUUCAAGGCUGCGUUUCGUGCGUUCUCCGUUUUUUUCCCAAUGAGUUCUUCUGCCAACUUUUUGAUGAAAGGAAAAUCAGCUGUCCUCGUUGUUUUAUCUUUCUCGCUUGUUUGCAUAGUAUGGAGCUCAUAUUAUUUCGUGUCGUGUAAAGUUGAAACUGUUGCUCACAUUAUUUAUGUUUUCGUAACCGCUGCACUUGUUUUCGCAUUGUGUCAGGCUAAAAAGCGAAGAAAAGGUUUGAAAAAUGACAAACCUAAUAACACAUCAGAAUUGAUCGUAGUGAUGGCUGUAUCCCUGUUCCUAUCUGAAGCAACAUAUGGUGCCUUAUUCAUUUUCACUUAUUAUUUCAAUGAUUUCGAGGACCAAAUCAUGCUGGAAGAUUUUGAAGUUGUUGCUCUUAUUUUCUCUAUGAUAAAUUCUACAACUCAUUGUAUUAUUUGCGUUUUCAUGUCUUCACAGUACAGAGACACUAUCAAAAGAAUGGUCGGAUGGAAAGAGAAACAGAAGAUGGAUAAUGUUAAGAAUCUGAUUGUUGUCGAAUCAUCAGCACAUCCCUCGACUGCACGUACCUCGAAAACGUCAAACGAUUCGAAGAAGACAUUUUGA